GACAGGACAGGCCGCGCAUACCUUAAGGACGUUUCUUACCUCGCUUGCUGUAGGACACAGAGGGUGACUUCCAGGAGGUGUUCAUGGGAUGCACUAUCUACGCAGCCAGCCCAAAGGCCCUGCCUGCUGACGAGGCCCCAGGCCAGGACAGAUACUACCAGCUUCCCCACUACCGCCACCCUCAUGGUAACUGCAGUCAGAGGAUAGCAGCCUGCAGAGCCAGGGCCAGGAGCAUGACUGAGCAGCAGGAGCAGAGUGAAGAAACAGGCCUCAUCUCGACGCAGGACCUGGACCCCUCCAAGGACGAUGACACACAUGGCCACUUCAGGUUUCAGCUCAUUGAAGACUUGUCCUAUGAAGAUGUGAAGAAAUGUUACAGGGGCUCGACUGUCAGCAAGUACAACUCGCAGUACCACAAACUGUUCCCAUGCGUGCCCAAGGAUGAGAUCCUGAUGAAAGUGUACUCCUGUGCUCUUCUCAGAGAUAUCCUUCUACAAGGCCGACUCUACAUUUCCAGAAACUGGUUGUGUUUCUAUGCCAACCUCUUUGGCAAGGACAUCAAGGUUGCUAUCCCUGUUGUUUCUGUGAGGCUUGUGAAGAAGCACAAAACAGCCGGACUCGUACCCAACGGCUUGGCGAUCACCACAGACACUGGCCAGAAGUAUGUAUUUGUAUCUCUGCUAUCAAGGGACAGUGUAUAUGACGUCCUCCGCAGGAUCUGCACACACCUGCAGGUCAAUGGCAAGAGUCUGAGCUUGAAGCAGUUCAUGGAGGAGCCGACUUUAUCUCUGGACGAGUUCCCAACCCCGGAUGAGUUCCCAGUGGUUGAUGAAUUCCCAUCAGUGUUAAAAUGGAGGAGGAAACCCUCAGUGGUAUCUGUGUCCUCCUCCCUUCCUGACCUCCUGGGGAACUCCACAGCCGGCCUGGGAGCAGCAGACGCAUCCUUCAAGUCAGAGAAGCCACUGGAAGAGCGAAGUCUUCAGACAGACAGAGGUCUUUUAUCAGAGCCAGUGGCAGAACUGGGCCAGAUGGAGUACCAGCUGCUCAAGUUCUUCACCCUGCUCAUCAUUCUCCUCAUUCUGUCAUCGUGUUACUUGGCUUUUCGUGUGUGCAGUCUGGAGCAGCAGCUGUCGUUCCUCAGUAACCCAAACCUGCCCCUAAGAGAGAGGUAACCCCUGCUCUCCACUUUGACUCAUCAGACUUUGUUGUUUACUCUCCUCACUCUUGGAGUUGAUGAUGCCCUCCUGUGCAGAUCCAGGACCAGCUUAGAGCCCAGAACAGAUUAACAACCCCCCGACACCAGCUUCAAUAAAAAAAAAAAAAAAAAAAAAAAAAGGAUAAAUGUGACCCCAGGCAUCUAAUGAACUGUCCUACAGUGGAAUUAGUUCCUAUUCAGUGAUCACUUCCAGACUAUGCAAAAAAAACUGUAUAUUUAUUUCUUAAUAUAUAAAGUAGAUUUUACUUUAGAUUAUGAUUGUCAUCUAAGGUCUUUUUCCACCUUAAAAUGUGAUGCUUCAGCAACCCUGAAACAGAUCAUAUUAGAGUUGAAUCUGCUGUUUGUAGCACCAAUAAAGUUGUGAUGGAUGAUGAAGAAAAGUAUCCAAGGAUGGAAACUGGUAAUUCAACCAAUCUAGUACUUGAAAAGACUGAAAGUUAAGAUAUUUCAGGUUUGUUGCAGUUGUUACAGGAAGGACUAAUCUGUUUGUAUCUAACAUAUUUUGACUGAUAUGUGGACUGAACCUGAUGUAUUUUUAGUAAGGUUAAAACUAGCCAAGCUGAUGCACUUUUUUAAUAUAGGUCCACAUUAUUUCACAUGUUUGUAACAUAUUAGAUCUAUUUUUUUUUUUUUUUUUUGCUUUAUUUAAGGUACUUAAGUGAAGGUAUUUAUGGAGGAAAAUAUGUUUAAUGUGACAAAUUGGAGAGAUAAACACCUCAUGAGAUUGUUGGCUGUAAUGUGAAUGAAGUAAUGAGAAGACAUACAUCAUUUUAAUUUUUCAUUACAUCACUAAUUCUUGUGCAAAAGGAGGAGUGUGUGAGUGUGUGUGUUUUUAUAUAUUUCAAGUUAAGACUUCAAAUGGCACAUUGAGGCUCAGUGUUUCUGAACAUGUUUUCUGUGUCUUGCAGACGUGGGUCACAUGUAGUCCUAGUCUACUUUGCUGCAUCCAAAUUAAUUAAAUUGACAACAAAUAUAAGUCAGUUUGUAGCUUUUCUUUUACUGUUUUUACUACCCGGCACUUACCACUACAUGCAUGUCUGUGAAAAGGAAGCACAGCUAAUUUUAUUAACUCCUAUAACGCUGUGAAAAUCAUAAAACUGGAGGAAAAUGUUGGCAGAAGCACUCAGCGCUUAAUAAAUUACAUAUGUGUUGGCUGA